UUCUCUAUAACUCCUUUCUUUCCCAAGAAAAUGACAGUUGAGGAUUCAAUACAAACAUGUCUGUGCUCUUGAGUAGUAUUAAUGUUUGAUAUUUGCCGGUGAUGACUUGUGGAUUACCUCUGUGUUAAAAUUUGAAUGUUUUAUAGUGUCCGCCCCUUACAAAUGACUUUGUAAUUUGAUGAAUCAUGAACAAGUUAUAUUCUGUUAUAAUGUUUCCUUUUGUGACUUGAAUUCUUAAGAAAUGUCUAUUAGUGGUGAAACGGUUUUGUAUAACUGUCAACCUCUGGAUUGCCCAGAGAGUGGAACAGUGUAUCCGCAUAUGGUUUCUGUGCACAAUGCCAAGAGGAGUAUCAAUAAUUAUUCUUCAAAGAGAUAUCCUAAAACCUCGAGGUCUAUGUCAACAUGUGUUCCAAGUUCUUCCUACGAAGCUCUUCGAUAUGCUGUAGCUGCUUUGAACCGUUUAGAUGAUUUUAAUUGUGAGAAAAUCGGUGCUGGAUUUUUCUCCGAAGUUUUUAAGGUCACUCAUCGAACAACUGGACAAGUGAUGGUGUUGAAGAUGAACACCUCCCUGAGUAAUCGAGCGAACAUGCUGCGCGAAGUACAACUGAUGAAUCGCCUGUCUCACGAAAACAUCCUCAGGUUCAUGGGAGUAUGCGUACACGAAGGCCAACUUCAUGCUCUGACAGAGUACAUUAAUGGUGGAAGCUUGGAACAACUUUUACAGAACAAGCAUAUUGAGUUGUCAUGGGAGACAAGAAUUAAAUUGUCAUUAGAUAUAGCUCGUGGCAUGUGUUACUUGCAUUCACGUGGUGUUUUUCACAGAGAUCUUACUUCAAAGAAUGUCCUCAUCAAGAUGAAUGAAGAUGAGAUGACCGCAGUUGUUGGUGAUUUUGGCUUAGCAGAGAAAAUACCAGAUUCAAGGGAUCGUAGUCAACGUUUACCAAUUGUUGGUUCACCUUAUUGGAUGGCACCUGAGUGUUUAAAAGGAAAGUGGUACAAUGAAAAGGCUGAUGUAUUUUCCUUUGGUAUUAUCAUGUGUGAAAUUAUUGCCAGAAUUGAAGCUGAUCCUGAUAUUUUGCCUAGAACAGAGAAUUUUGGUGUAGACUAUGUGGCUUUUAGUGAAAUGUGCCCAGAUUGCCCACCUCAAUUUUUAGAAUUGGCUUUCACUUCUUGUAGAAUUUCUCCAGACAGCCGUCCAAGUUUCAAGGAAAUUGUGCAUCAGUUGGAGAAAAUGUUAAAUGUGAUAAGCUCAAUGCAUGGAGGUUCACAAUUAUUUUAUCCUCCUGUUGUCUACACAUCCUGCUGGGAUGAUGGCGAUAACAUUGACAGUGUUAGAGCCAUCUUUGCUCAUGGAUGGAGUAAACUUAACUUCCAGAAUACAAGUCAGCCAAAAAAUCCAGCGACUCCUUUAAAAGUUCACAGUCCUAUUAUUGAACAACCACCUGUUACUCCAAAACAUGUAGGAGAAGCCAUGUCAAUGCAAGACCCCCAUUACAAACCUAACAAUAGCUCUCAAAAUCCUUUCGCUUCAUUACCUAGAUUUUGGAAAGGAAAAAAGUUCCUAGAACAGUCUCUGGACGAUUCUGACCUAAGUCAUUCAAUCAGUUUUACCGCCCAAUCUGAUUCUUCCAAAGUAUCUAAAUUUAAAUCUAUUAAAAAAGUACUUCCUUCCUCUUUGAAUGAACAAAUCACCAAACAGAUAUCAAAAUCAUUGCCAACAUCACCUGUUUUUGAUCGAAAACCUUUAAAGUUGAAACUAUUUACAAAUAUUCCAUCUGAAGAAAUGGACUCACCCAGAUCAGUUUCUCCCGGAUUGUUUUCGUCACCUUCUUCACUCUCACCUUUUGAGCCUGAAGAAUCUUUUUCAGGUUACAAUUCCGUCCAAGAACAAAUGAGUGGUUGCAAGUUGGAUGAUUCCUGUGAUCAGCUGCAAGAGCUACAUAAAAUCCAUUUCGGUACCAGUCAGACCCCUUGCGAAUCUUCAAUCGGUGUGACUUUCCGAACAAAAACUCCAUCUCUGUGUGCCAAACUCAGACGCUCCUCUGGAGAAUCUGGUUUCUUCAGUGUUGGUGACAGAAAUAGCACUUGUGAUUUGUCUUUGGAGAGCUACCAAGCACAUGACGAUAUGCCUUCCUGGGCUACAGAUUGCAGUGUUACUGAUUCUCCGAGUGACACAGACGACAGUGGACAAGUUGGUGGAGGUGGUAAAAAACGACCUUCCUCUUGCUACUCUGAUGAUUCUUGCUGUUAUUGUGGUAAUUUGUCAAACUGCUGUGAAACCAGACUACAUUCAGACUCAGAAAUAGACAGAGAACACAGACAAUCUGCAUGCCAGAAAUCCACGCCCCUAAAUUCAUCGGGUGUACUUAAUUGUAACUGUAAACUAUGUUUUUCCGAGACUCCCUGUCAAAAUGGUGAAACAGUCAUAUUGAAAAUGUCUAGUCAAAAUGAGACUUCACAGUUCGAGUCAAAAUCUAACCUGCCAUAUCAACAUAAUUUGGUUAGACAGCACGCUAGUUUCCCACUGUCUAAAACUUGUGAGAAAGGCAAUAGAGCUGUCAAGUGUAUGAGAACCUCAAUCGAUUAAAAAGAAUUUAUUGAAACGGAGCCAAACGAAGUAUUUUUGUGAACAAAACUAUAUAUAACCAGCCUAAGAUGGGUGAUGAUUGAUAACUUUUAAGCUUUUAUUUAAAUUUGUUUGAAAUUUUUAUGUUCUUUUAUUUGUGACAUUUUUUUAAAAAUAAUUUUCAUGAGUUUAGAUUUAAUUAUCAAAAAUGCUGCCAAAGAUUAAGUACCUUAUUUCAUUAUAUUAUAAUUUAUUGGUAGAUUGCAGAUUUUGUAUAAAAUUGAUUGUAUAUAAUGUACAGAUUUAGAAAAAUAUUUAAUUUUUUUCUUUAGUUUUUUGAAAGGAAACUGAUGUUGUAUUGAAAAUUAAGAUUUUAAAGAACUAUGAACUUUUCUCUUGGUGAAAUAUUGUUACUUUUGAUAACUUGAUUAUAUUUUAUGCAUUUAUUUAUAGGAAAAAUACUGUAUUAAAAAUUGUUUUAUACUUUUACAAAAUUUCUGUUUCACAUUUUUAUAUAAAGAUCAUUUAAGUAAUUGUUAAACUUCUUUGAGGAUUUGAUUUUUUUUUAAAGCUUAAAUAAGAUAAAUACUCAAUCUGUUUUACGAAUUUUUGUUUUUUAGUUGCUUCUGAAAAGCUUUAUAGAGAUUAUCUGUAAAUUAUAUUAAAGCAUAUGUUUUUACAUGCAAAAUAUUUUAUAUUCUAUCAAGUUAGAUACUCUGUUUUAAGAUUUUGAAAUUUUAAGUUCUAAAAUUUUCUAUUAAGUUCUGAAAGGAUAGAUAAAACUAAUUUUUAAUAUUAUAUUUAAUGUUUGCUUAACUGCAUGUAACAGUAUUUUUUUUUGUUUUGUGAAAUCUUGAUUGAAAUUGUUUUUUCUUAUAUCUUUUGACUCUUUAGAAUAUGUCUUUAGUUAUAUAAGCAUGUUAACUUAUUGAAUAAUAUUUAAAAAAAAUUCUGAGAAUCUGCACAAGGAAAUGACCUUGGUUAUUAAUUAAGUUGCGGCUUUGUAUCUUUUUUCUUGUCUUGAGAAAUUUUUGAAUGUUUCAUCAAUUGCCAAAUUUUAUUUAUUUUUUUGAAUAUUUCAAAACAUUUUAGAACAUAUUCUUUUUCAAUAUAAAAAGAAAUUAUUUAACAUACAAAAGUUAGAGUAAAUUCUCAAAUCUUCAUACCAUUGUCAAGCAGAUUUUGGAAUUGUGAAGAUCUUUCAAUUGUUUACCAUUUCACAAUGCAUUAUGAAUUAAUAUCAAAAUAUAUAAAAAUUAAAGUUAAAACAUCGAAUUUUUUUGGUUUUUCUUUUAAAGUUUUUGAUAUAAAUAAAUCAUAAAUUGGACAAUAAUGCAUAGAUGAAAAUGUUAAGGUGUAAACUUGAAAAAUCUUAAUUUUUAGUAAUUUAAAAGAGAAUAUUUGAAAAUGUAUUGCUUUUUAAGCAUUUUCUUUUAACAAUAAAAAUUAAUUUUUGGCUUUAGCAUUGUUUUAUGGAAAAUAAACUUGUUUGUUUGCAUUCUAAAAUCAGUACUGUAAUAAUGAAGAUGAAUAUUUGUUAAUGAAUUUGAACUCAGAAAUUGGUCAAAGGAAUCAUUCAUAAAUAGGAUUGUUUUUCUUUCAUAUUUAUACUUCAGGAAAUUUGGUACAAAGUAAAAACAUAAUAAAUAACAAGAUUCUUGUAUUUGCUACUCUAUGUGAAAUUUUUAUUGACAAUAUUUUUAUAUACUGUUAAAUACAUGAACUAAACAAACCUUUUCAUAUAAAAUUCAAACCAAAAAAUAUAUAAAAUUAACAUGAUGGCUUUUCUACAAAACAUAUCUUAUGGCUGAACAAGUAUUUUGCAUAAGUUGUCUAAAAAAAUAAAUAGAAUGUAUAUUUACAUUGAAAAUGGUUUGAAUAACAAGUUUUAAAUGUGUUUUGAAUAAGCUUUGAAUGUAACUAUUGAUUGUAAGAAAUGAUAUUUUUAUGAAAUAAACUGUGACAACAGAGCUUGGAAUAGAGUUGAAUAAACUAUUUUAUGAAAUGUAAA